CCCGCUGGGCGAUGGUGCUGGACGACGUGCGGGUGGAAUGGGUGCGGGACCGGCUGUACGGCGCCCUGGGGCUCUCCGACCCCGCCGCCUUCGACGAGCUGCUCAACCGGGGCGACGGCGAGGCGGAGGACCUCAUCCUCCGCUUCCUCAACAGGAGCAGCCAGGAGGAGGACGGCGCCGCCGCCGCCGCCGCCGCCCUCUUCUUCUACCGCUCCACCGCCCUGGAGGAGGUGGAACUGGAGAUCGAAAUCGAGGUAUCGCUCUCAUCUGAAGAUGAAGCCGAGGAAAACACAAGCAGCCGUUCAUUCAGUAAAAUCGGGACCCCGGAAAGGACUACAGGCAGGAAUUCAUCAGUACGAGGUGGAUCGGUUCUGCUGUCCGUAGGGUCAAAUAUGGAAGAAUUUGUCAACGAAAGCGUAGAAAAAAUACCAAUCAAGAAAAUCAUCAAGCAGGUAGUUGAAAAACUGUAUCUUCAUGUGACUUGUGAUUCUUUUCCUGAAGAUUACCUAAACAAAAACUUAGUGUUCUUCCUCAGGAAUACAAAAGAAACAAUCAGCGAGCCUAAUGACAUGAGCGAAGCCAUGGAAUUCAUGCCGGAAAAGCUGGAGUAUGGGAUUUUAAAUGGUCACAUUCUACAGAUGCUUAAGGAUGUUUUCUCUCAGGUUUUUAUGCCGGCUUUAUCUUUCAAUCAGCACAAGUCCGAAGUAGCUGAUAGUCUUGUGACAUCCAAAGAAAACGUAGCUGUUGAAGACGUGGAAGCCGAGUUGCUUAAACCGAAGGAAGAGCCGCUUGAAUUUCACAGCGUUCAGCUAAUACGGGACGAGUUCCUCAUGCAUAUGCAAAAAUUCUUAAAUCAUAUUCAGAGAACUAUGCUGCAGCUAGAGGGAGAGAUUAAGUUGGAAAUGCCAGUCAUCAGUCUAGAAAGGGACGUGAGUGAAUUGGCGGCCGACCCCGAAGCGGUUGAUUCACUGGAGCAGGUUGUAAUCAAUUGGCUGACUCAGAUCUCCUCAGCUGUUGACGAACAAUUGAAAAAGUCACCCCAGGGCAGCGGCCCCCUGGCAGAAAUUGAAUUCUGGCGAGAAAGGAGCGCUACUCUGAGCGCUCUCAUGGAGCAGACCCAACUGCCAGUGGUGAAAAAGGUUUUGGAAGUUAUCAGAGAGUCGGAGUCCAUGCUCGUUGUCAACCUGCAACCGGUCUUGGCUGACCUGGCCAAAUACCACCUGGAAGCUUCAGACAACGUUCGCUUCCUUUCCACGGUGGAGCGUCAUUUCAAGAAUCUAACUCACGGCACAGGAUUCAACGUGAUUUUGGAUACAAUUCCUUCCAUGAUGAGCGCCCUGAGGAUGGUGUGGAUCAUCUCCCGGCAUUACAAUAAGGAUGAACGGAUGAUCCCUCUCAUGGAGCGAAUUGCCUGGGAAAUUGCCGAAAGGGUCUGCCGAGUUGUGAAUUUACGGACUUUGUUCAAAGAAAGUCGAGAGAGUGCACAAAGCAAAGCAGCUGACGCCAAAAACAGCCUGCUGUUAUGGAAGAAAUCCUAUUUCGAUGUCCGGGCCAAAAUUGAAGCCUCAGGAAGGGAAGCCCGGUGGGAAUUUGAUAGAAAACGUCUCUUCGAAAGGACAGAUUACAUGGCUUCUAUUUGCCAAGAUCUUUAUGACAUUUUGCAGGUUAUCGAAGAAUUUUAUAAUAUAUUUGGCCCGGAACUAAAAGCUGUCACGGGGGAUCCGAAGCGAAUUGAUGAUGUUCUCCGCAGGGUGGAUGAUCUCGUCAACCCCCUGGAAGUAUUGACUUUUGAUCCAUUUAGCAGCAAAUGUUCACACUACUGGAAGUAUGUGAUCGAUGAUUUCAAAUCCGAAGUUCUGGUUAUUGAAAAGGAAGCCAAAAACUUUAUAGAUGAGUCAUUCAAGACACUUCGAUCAGCAGAAGCUGCUUUUGACAUGCUUUUAAACUUUAAACAUAUCCGCUCCCGGGAGGCUAUCAAUAGACAAAUGAUGAUGAAAUUCAAUGAUAUUCUGGCCCAGUAUUGUAAAGAGGUGGACGUAGUCAACAACAUUUUUGUUCAGAACCUUGAUGAUCCACCUCUUUAUAAGAAUCACCCCCCAAUGGCUGGGGCGAUUUAUUGGGAGCGCUCUCUCUUCUUUCGCAUCAAGCACACCAUCCUGAGAUUUCAAGAGGUAGAGGAGAUGUUGGACAGUGACCGAGGAAGAGAAGCCAAACAAAAAUAUCUGGAAGUAGCGAGGAGAAUGAAGGCAUACGAAGAUAAAAAAUAUGAGCAGUGGAGAGACUGGACUGAGCAGACGUUACCCAACCUAAUGAAAAAUAGCCUGCUCGCUAAGGCCCAGUUUCCCGGAAAUGUAUUUUCAGAUUACGGUGAACCGGACUCCUCCCUUGAGGUACCUGAGACACCUAGCAAAGGAACUUAUUUUAUAAUCAAUUUUGCUCCUGAACUCCAAGAGGCUAUUAAUGAAACAAAAUACAUGGAACAGCUGGGAUUCCCAGUUCCUGAGUUAGCGAGGAAUGUGGCACUUCAGGAAGACAAAUUUCUUAGAUAUACAGAUGGAAUAAAGCAUAUGUUGGAUCAUUAUCACGCGCUAAUGGCGACGCUAAAUGAGGCGGAGACUCAACUCCUUGAUGACCACAUCCACGAGCUGCUGAGAGUGUUUAGAUCAGGAUACAAGAGACUAAAUUGGAAUUCACUAGGUAUCGGUGACUACAUCAUUCGCUGUAGCCAGGCCAUUGGCAAGUUUGAAUCCCUGGUUCACCAGAUUCACAAAAAUGCAGAAGACAUCAAUUCUAAGCUUUCACUAAUAGAAACAGCAAGCCUUUUCAAGUUCCCGUCUCCUAAAAGUGGAAAUGGCCUCCCUGGAGUGAAAGAAUUCUUUGAGUACAUUGAACUCGAAAGAGCAAAAGACGUGGAUCUCAUGGUGAGAAAAUACUCUGCCAUCGGACCACUCCUGACCAAAGUAGAAGGCCUCAUUAUCCACACAAACACAGGGAAGGCACCGAAACUGGCUUCUUACUAUGCAUAUUGGGAAAAUAAAAUUUAUAAUAUAUUGACAAAGCUAGUCCUCAAGAACUUGCAGAUUUUUAAUUCUGCCGUCCUUGGAAAUGUUCCUUUGUUCCAAGUGGAAACCAUUUUAACUGCUCCUGAGAUUAUCCUUCAUCCCAGUGCAAAUGAGAUUGACAAAAUGUGUGUUCAUUGUGUCAGAGACUGUGUAGAGGUGACUAAGCACUUUGCCCGGUGGAUGCACGGCACCUGCAUCAAUUGCCCUCCUCAGCGAGGCGAGGAAGAAGAACUCAUCACUCUGAGCUUUUAUGCUGACAUUGCCCAGAAUUCCCAGAUCAUUGAACAGGCUGUCAUGAUCCCCCAAAAUAUCCACAGAAUUUUGAUCAGCCUCAUGAGAUACCUGCACCGAUGGAAGAGGUACCGACCUCUCUGGAAACUGGACCAAGCCAUCGUGAUGGAGAAAUUUGCGGCCAAGAAGCCCGCUUGCAUUUUAUACGAUGACAAGUUGCAGUUCUAUACCAAGAUAGCGUAUGAUGUGACACAUCAACCCUUAAUUAAAGAUGAACAAUGCAUUAGACUCCAGCUGGGGCCUUUAGCCUACACAGUGCAAGAAAAUGCUAAAUCCUGGGUGAAUUCCCUUGGAAAACUUCUAAAUGAAUCUGCCAAAGAAGAGCUCUGGAAACUUCAUGAGGAAAUUGAGGUGCUGACCCAUCACCUGAGCAAGGUUCCCGAUACUCUGGAAGAUCUCAAAUUUGUCCUUGCAACCAUUGCAGAGAUCAGAAGCAAAUCUCUGAUCGUAGAAAUGAGAUACAAGGAUAUUCAGGAGAGAUAUCGGACUCUGGCGAUGUAUAACAUCUUCCCUGCUGGGGCAGAGAAAGAACUGGCCUGGCAAAUUGAGGACAUAUGGAAAAAACUAGUUUUGCAGUCGCUUGAAGUAGAACACUCUCUCGGAGGGAUUAAGAAGACUUUUACAGAGAUUACCCGAACUCAUAUUGCAGACUUCAGAGUGAAGAUCAGUGACUUCGCAAAGCGAUUUUAUUCUGAGGGCCCUGGUUCAGUCGGUGAAAACCUUGAGGAAGGCGUGGAGCUCUUGGAGGUUUUUGAGAAAGAGAUGGCACGACAUGAGAAAAAUCGCCAGGAGUUGGCUAACGCGGAGAAACUUUUUGAUCUUCCAAUCACCAUGUAUCCCGAGCUGAUGAACGUUCAGAAAGAAAUGAGUGGGCUCAGGCUGAUCUACGAGAUUUACAAGGCACAAAAAGUUGCUAAGGAUGAAUGGUCUCAGACCCUCUGGGUUAACCUGAACGUGCAGUUUCUCCAAGAGGGAAUUGAUGGUUUCCUGAAAGCCCUCAGAAAACUUCCCAAACAUGUACGAAGUCUCUCAGUUGCCCAUUGCUUGGAUGUCAAAAUGAAGGCCUUCAAGGACUCCAUCCCGUUGCUUCUUGAUUUGAAAAACGAAGCACUAAGAGACAGACAUUGGAAAGAGCUCAUGGAUAAAACAGGCACCUAUUUUGAAAUGACAACAGAGACAUUCACUUUGGAAAAUAUGUUUGCGAUGGAGCUUCACAAAUAUACAGAUGUUAUCAAUGAGAUUGUUUUAUCAGCUGUCAAGGAAAUUAGCAUUGAGAAGGGUGUUAAGGAUAUAGUGGACACAUGGGAGAAUAUGAAAUUCACUGUAGUAAAGUACUUUAAAGGUACCCAAGAGAGAGGCUACAUUUUGGGAUCUGUAGAUGACAUUAUUCAAGCCCUUGAUGACAAUGCUGUCAACCUGCAGAGCAUGUCAGGAAGCAGAUUUGUGGGGCCAUUUCUGUCAUCCGUUCACAAAUGGGAAAAAACUCUCUCUUUAAUCGAGGAAGUUAUUGAGGUAUGGAUGGUGGUCCAGAGAAAAUGGAUGUAUCUCGAAAGCAUUUUUAUCGGAGGAGAUAUCCGGUCACAAUUACCGGAAGAGGCAAAAAAAUUUGACAGCAUUGACCGAAUAUUUAAAAAGAUAAUGGCCGAAACUCUAAAAGAGCCAAUAAUAAAGAAAUGCUGUGAAGCUCCCAAUCGACUCUCUGACUUGCAGAAUUUAUGCGAUGGUCUGGAGAACUGUCAGAAAAGUUUAAAUGACUAUCUGGAUUCCAAACGGAAUGCUUUCCCCAGGUUCUUCUUCAUUUCCGAUGAUGAGUUGCUCAGCAUUCUCGGUAAUAGCGAUCCUCUUUGUGUCCAGGAGCACAUGAUUAAGAUGUACGAUAACAUUGCAUCCCUGAAGUUCCAAGAGGGGGAUAGUGGCGAAAAAUUAGUGGCGGCGAUGAUUUCGGCAGAAGGAGAAAUAAUGCCGUUCCGGCGGAUGGUCCUAGCCGAUGGUCGAGUGGAGGACUGGAUGACGGCGGUGCUCAACGAAAUGAGGAGAACAAAUCGGCUAAUUACUAAAGAAGCUAUAUUUCGAUACUGUGAUGACCGAAGCAGAGUCGACUGGAUGCUUCUGUACCAAGGCAUGGUGAUUCUGGCUGCUAGCCAGGUAUGGUGGACCUGGGAGGUGGAGGAUGUCUUCUGCAAAGUCAAAAAGGGAGAGAAGCAGGCCAUGAAAACCUACGGCAAGAAAAUGCAUCAGCAGAUCGAUGAACUGGUGACUCGGAUCACCAAACCCUUAAGCAACAAUGACCGGAAAAAAUAUAACACGGUCCUGAUCAUCGACGUGCACGCCAGAGAUAUAGUCGAUGCAUUUAUAAGGGGCAGCAUUCUCGAGGCUCGGGAAUUUGAAUGGGAGAGUCAGUUGCGUUUUUACUGGGAUCGAGAGCCAGAUGAACUGACUGUCCGACAAUGCACUGGGACCUUUGGCUAUGGAUACGAAUACAUGGGCCUGAAUGGACGAUUGGUCAUCACGCCACUCACGGAUCGGAUAUACCUGACACUUACUCAGGCCUUGUCCAUGUUUUUGGGUGGGGCCCCAGCGGGACCAGCUGGGACAGGUAAAACCGAGACUACUAAGGAUUUAGCCAAAGCUCUGGGCUUGCUCUGUGUGGUAACCAACUGUGGAGAGGGCAUGGAUUACAAGGCCGUUGGUAAAAUUUUCUCUGGCCUGGCUCAGUGUGGGGCCUGGGGCUGCUUUGACGAGUUCAAUCGGAUCGAUGCCUCGGUGCUCUCGGUCAUCUCGUCUCAGAUACAGACGAUUCGAAAUGCUCUGAUGCAUCAGUUGACAACAUUUCAGUUCGAAGGGCAAGAAAUAUCCCUUGACUCCCGCAUGGGCAUCUUUAUCACGAUGAAUCCUGGUUACGCGGGCCGGACGGAGCUGCCCGAAUCGGUGAAGGCCUUAUUCAGGCCGGUGGUUGUCAUUGUCCCCGAUCUCCAACAAAUCUGUGAGAUUAUGCUCUUUUCAGAAGGAUUUCUUUUGGCAAAGACUCUGGCCAAAAAGAUGACUGUGUUGUACAAACUGGCAAAGGAACAGCUUUCUAAACAGCACCAUUAUGAUUUUGGACUAAGAGCCCUUAAAUCGGUACUGGUAAUGGCUGGAGAACUGAAGAGAGGCUCCCCCAAUCUUAAUGAGGAUGUGGUUCUGAUGAGAGCUCUAAGAGACAUGAAUCUACCCAAGUUUGUGUUUGAAGAUGUUCCUCUUUUCCUUGGCCUGAUUUCUGACUUAUUUCCUGGAUUGGAUUGUCCUCGUGUCCGUUAUCCCAAUUUUAAUGAUGCAGUGGAACAAGUGCUAAGUGACAAUGGAUAUAUCGUUUUACCAUUUCAGGUGGACAAAGUAGUUCAGAUGUACGAGACGAUGUUAACACGCCACACCACCAUGAUCGUCGGACCAACCGGAGGGGGCAAAUCCGUUGUCAUUAGCACUUUGUGCCAGGCCCAGACUAGACUUGGGCUGUUAACCAAGUUGUACACACUGAAUCCCAAAGCUAUGAGCGUGAUAGAAUUAUACGGAAUUCUGGACCCUACCACCCGAGAUUGGACAGAUGGAGUUUUAUCCAACAUCUUCAGGGAAAUCAAUAAACCAACUACUAAAAAAGAGAGGCGAUACAUCUUAUUUGAUGGGGAUGUGGAUGCUCUUUGGGUAGAAAAUAUGAAUUCUGUGAUGGAUGACAACAAAUUGUUGACGUUGGCAAAUGGCGAACGCAUCCGACUUCAAACGCACUGUGCUUUAUUAUUUGAGGUUGGCGAUUUACAGUAUGCCUCACCCGCAACGGUGUCCCGAUGUGGAAUGGUUUUCGUGGACCCUAAAAACCUAAAAUACAGGCCGUUCUGGAGUAAAUGGAUUAACCGGAGAUCAAACAAGCAAGAACAAACGGAGUUAAACCUCCUGUUUGAUAAAUAUGUUCCUUCCUGUAUCGAAAUGAUUAUAGAUGGGAUGGUGGACGGCAGACAGGUUGAAAAACUGAAGACUAUCGUUCCUCAGACAGAUCUAAACAUGGUGACCCAGUUGACCACGAUGCUGGAUGCAUUUCUUGAGGUGGAAACAGAAGACCCUGAUAUCUUGGAGGCCUAUUUUCUGGAGGCCCUUUAUUGUUCUUUGGGGGCUACCCUGCUUGAGGAUGGGAGAAUUAAAUUUGAUGAGUAUAUAAAGAGCAUUGCCUCAAUGUCUACUGCUAAUGAUGAUCAUGUUUGGGCCAAACCCGGACAACUUCCAGGUCAACUUCCAACACUUUAUGAGUUUCAUUUUGAUCCCAGGCAGAAGAAGUGGAUACCAUGGAACAAGUUGGUUCCCCAGUACAUUCAUAAGCUUGAAGAGAAAUUUAUUCACAUCUUGGUUCCAACAGUGGACACUACCCGAACCUCCUGGUUACUGGAACAAAUGACCAAAAUCAAACAACCCGUAGUUCUGGUUGGUGAAUCUGGCACUUCAAAGACAGCAACUACCCAGAACUUCUUGAAAAGUCUCAAUCAAGAUACUAAUAUUGUGUUGGUUGUCAACUUCUCCUCCCGUACCACUUCCCUGGAUAUUCAGAGAAACCUAGAAGCAAAUGUAGAGAAACGAACCAAGGACACGUUCGGGCCACCUAUGGGGAAACGUCUCCUAGUCUUCAUGGAUGAUAUGAACAUGCCGAAGGUCGACGAUUACGGCACCCAACAACCGAUCGCCUUGUUGAAACUCCUUCUGGAGAAAGGUAGCCUGUAUGACCGGGGCAAAGAGAUGAACUGUAAAAUCCUUCGCGACCUUGGCUUCGUGGCUGCCAUGGGCAAAGCUGGAGGAGGCCGUAAUGAAGUAGACCCAAGAUUCAUUUCACUCUUCAGCGUUUUCAACGUCCCUUUCCCAUCAGAGGAAUCUCUGCACUUGAUUUAUGCCUCCAUCUUGAAAGGCCAUACCAGGAGUUUCAACGAGAGCAUUGCGGCGUUGAGUGAUACGAUGACCUCCUGUACGCUAGACCUUUACAAAUUGAUAGUUCGGGAUCUGCCUCCCACCCCUUCGAAAUUCCACUACAUCUUCAACCUGCGGGAUCUCUCCAGGGUCUUUAAUGGGCUGGUCCUGACCAACCCAGAGCGAUUCCAGAUGGUGACACAGAUGGUGAGGGUCUGGAGGAAUGAAUGUCUGCGAGUUUUCCACGACAGAUUAAUUAAUGAAGACGACAAGUUAUCGGUCCAAAGCCACAUAAAAUCCUUGGUGGUAGCGCAUUUUCAAGAUGACGUGGAGGCGGUGAUGAGAGACCCCAUCCUCUACGGAGACUUCAGGAUGGCUCUGCAUGAAGACGAACCUCGGAUUUAUGAAGACAUCCAGGACUAUGAGGCAGCCAAAGCUCUCUUUCAGGAAAUCCUAGAGGAGUACAAUGAGAGCAACACCAAAAUGCACCUGGUUCUUUUUGAUGACGCUCUGGAACACCUAACACGAAUACAUCGUAUUAUCCGAAUGGACCAGGGUCAUGCCCUGCUAGUUGGAGUUGGAGGCUCAGGGAAACAGUCUCUUGCAAGGCUGGCGGCUUAUACGGCGGGGUGUGAGGUGUUUGAAAUUGUUCUGAGCCGGGGCUAUGGCGAAAAUAAUUUCCGGGACGAUCUGAAGAAUCUCUAUCUGAAACUUGGGAUCGAGAACAAGACGAUGAUUUUCCUGUUCACCGACGCCCAUGUGGCCGAAGAAGGCUUCCUGGAACUCAUUAACAAUAUGUUAACUUCCGGAAUGGUUCCAGCCCUUUUUCAAGAAGAUGAGAAGGAUUCUGUCCUAACUCAAAUUGAAGGAGAAGCUAGCAGAAGUGGAGUGGGUUUGGCCAAAGAAAGUAUCUGGCAGUACUUUGUGAAUAAGAGUGCAGAUAAUCUUCAUAUCGUACUUGGCAUGUCUCCAGUUGGUGAUGUCCUGAGAAAUCGAUGUCGAAAUUUUCCAGGUCUAGUAAAUAAUACCGGUAUUGACUGGUUCUUGCAAUGGCCACCUCAAGCUCUAUUGGCAGUUGCUAAAUCAUUCUUAGAAGAGAAUCCAUUGAUCCCGGGAGACUACUCACGGCCGGUGGUUGAGCACAUUGUUUCGGUGCACGAAUCCGUAGGUGACUUCAGCAAAAAGUUUCUACAGAAAUUGAGACGCAGCAAUUAUGUCACUCCAAAGAAUUACCUGGAUUUUAUUAACACCUACUCAAAAUUGCUGGAUGAGAAAACUCAAUUCAAUUUAGCUCAGUGCAAACGUCUGGAAGGAGGAUUAGAUAAAUUGAAGGAGGCUUCUGUUCAGCUGGAUGAACUGAACCUGAAACUUGCAGAACAGAAGAUUGUUUUAGCUGAGAAGUCGACGGCCUGUGAGACUUUGUUACAAGAAAUUGCGCACAAUACUGCAGUAGCUGAGGAGAAGAAAAAGCUGGCAGAAGAAAAAGCCAUUGAGAUAGAGGAGCAGAACAAAAUCAUCGCAGUGGAAAAACACGAAGCAGAAACUGCCCUGGCUGAAGCCAUGCCCAUCUUAGAAGCUGCCAAACUGGAACUGCAGAAGCUGGACAAAUCCGAUGUCACAGAAAUUAGAUCCUUCGCUAAGCCCCCUAAGCAGGUACAGACAGUUUGUGAAAGCAUCUUGAUAAUGAAAGGCUACAAAGAACUCAACUGGAAAACGGCCAAAGGAAUGAUGUCAGAUCCAAAUUUCUUGAGAUCCCUAAUGGAGAUAGAUUUUGAUUCAAUCACUCAGACCCAAGUGAAAUCCAUCCGAGCUCUGUUAAAGAAUCUCAACACCACAUUUGAAGAAAUGGAAGCAGUUAGCAAAGCAGGAUUGGGAAUGUUGAAAUUCGUUGAAGCAGUAAUGGGUUAUUGUGAUGUAUUUAAAGAAAUUAAACCCAAAAGAGACAAGGUGGCCCGGCUGGAGAGGAACUUUUUUCUAAGUAAACGUGAACUGGAGAGGAUACAGAAUGAGUUGGCAGCAAUCCAAGCAGAACUUCAAGCUUUAGGAGCCAAAUAUGAGGCUGCCAUACUGGAAAAACAACAGCUUCAAGAAGAAGCUGAAAUCAUGGAAAGGCGAUUGAUCGCUGCUGACAAACUCAUCUCUGGUUUGGGAUCUGAAAAUGUCCGGUGGAUGAAGGAUUUGGAUGAGCUGAAGCAUCGGAGAGUGAAGUUGUUAGGGGACUGUCUGCUCUGCGCUGCUUUCCUGAGCUACGAGGGGGCAUUCAAUUGGGAAUUUCGGCAUGAAAUGGUUAAUCAGGUGUGGCUGGAAGAUAUUCUGAAUCGAAAUAUCCCCCUGAGUCAGCCUUUCAAAUUAGAAAGCCUCCUCACUGACGAUGUCGAGAUUAGCAGGUGGGGCUCCCAAGGCCUGCCUCCCGAUGAGCUUUCUGUUCAGAACGGCAUCCUCACCACCCGAGCCAGUCGCUUCCCUCUCUGCAUUGACCCACAGCAGCAGGCGCUCAACUGGAUCAAGAGGAAAGAGGAAAAGAACAACUUGAGGGUGGCUUCCUUUAAUGAUGCCGAUUUUCUCAAGCAGUUGGAAAUGGCCAUAAAGUAUGGCUCGCCUUUCUUGUUCCAAGAUGUUGAUGAAUAUAUCGAUCCUGUGAUCGAUAAUGUCUUAGAAAAGAACAUAAAGAAUGCUCAGGGGCGGCAGUUUAUCAUUCUGGGGGACAAGGAAGUCGACUAUGAUUCGAAUUUCAGACUCUACUUGAACACCAAACUGGCUAAUCCCAAAUACUCCCCGUCUGUAUUUGGAAAAGCUAUGGUUAUCAACUACACUGUCACUUUGAAAGGCCUGGAAGAUCAGCUACUCAGUGUAAUUGUGGCAUUUGAAAGAAGAGAACUUGAGGAGCAAAGAGAACACCUUAUCCAGGAAACGAGUGAAAAUAAAAACCUGCUGAAAGAUUUGGAAGACUCACUGCUCCGAGAGCUGGCCACAUCCACGGGGAAUAUGUUGGAUAACGUAGAGUUGGUGCAUACCCUGGAGGAGACCAAGUCCAAAGCUACUGAGGUGUCAGAGAAGCUGAACCUAGCCGAGAGUACCGCCAUAGACAUCGACAGACUGCGGGAUGGCUACCGGCCUGCUGCCAAGAGGGGAGCCAUCUUGUUUUUCGUUUUGUCCGAAAUGGCGCUCGUCAAUAUGAUGUACCAGUACUCCUUAGCCGCCUUCUUAGACGUCUUUUCUUUUUCACUUCGGAAAUCGAUGCCUGACUCCAUUCUUCUAAAGCGGCUGAGAAACAUCAUGGACACUUUAACGUUUAAUAUAUACAAUUACGGCUGCACGGGGCUGUUUGAGAGGCACAAGCUACUCUUCUCUUUUAAUAUGACUGUCAAGAUAGAACAAGCAGAUGGAAGAGUCCCCCAAGAAGAAUUGGAUUUCUUUCUGAAAGGAAACAUUUCCCUGGAGAAGAGUAAGCAGAAGAAGCCUUUCCCCUGGCUGCCGGACCAAGGUUGGGAAGACAUCAUCCGGGCUAGUGAACUGUUUCCAGAUGAAUUUGGAUCUCUUCCUGAAGACGUGGAGAAAAAUGAAGAGGAAUGGAAGGAGUGGUAUGACCUGGAUUCCCUGGAGCAGUUCCCAACCCCUCUGGGUUACGACACCAAUCUCACGGAUUUCCAGAAGCUGCUCAUUCUGCGGUGUUUCCGGGUGGACCGGGUUUAUCGAGCCGUGACCGACUACGUUACCGUGACGAUGGGGGAGAAGUACGUCCAGCCUCCGAUGAUAAGCUUCGAAGCGAUUUUUGAACAGAGCACGCCGACCUCGCCCAUCGUUUUCAUUCUGAGUCCGGGCUCGGACCCUGCGAGCGACCUUAUGAAGUUAGCCGAUAGAACGGGCUUUGGAGGGAAUCGGCUCAAAUUCCUUGCGAUGGGACAAGGACAAGAGAAGGUGGCCCUUCACCUGCUGGAGACGGCGGUGGCCCGGGGACAGUGGCUGAUGCUACAGAAUUGCCAUCUUCUGGUGAAAUGGUUGAAGGAGCUGGAGAAAUCCCUGGAGAUGAUCACGAAACCCCACCCAGACUUUCGUCUGUGGCUCACUACCGACCCUACCAAGGGCUUCCCUAUCGGGAUACUUCAGCAGUCUUUAAAGGUUGUCACGGAGGCCCCUAAUGGCCUGAAACUGAACAUGAGGGCUACGUAUUUCAAGAUCACCCACGAUGUACUGGAGCAAUGUCCUCACCCUGCGUACAAGUCCCUGGUCUAUGUCCUGGCAUUUUUCCACGCUGUGGUGCAGGAGAGGCGGAAGUUUGGCAAGAUUGGCUGGAACGUGCCUUAUGACUUCAAUGAGUCAGAUUUCCAGGUCUGCAUGGAAAUUCUGAACACGUACCUGACGAAAGCGUUCACGCAGAGCGACAGCAAGAUCCCCUGGGGGAGUCUCAAGUAUCUCAUCGGCGAGGUCAUGUAUGGAGGGCGGGCCACCGACAGCUUUGACCGUCGCAUCUUGACUGUCUACAUGGACGAGUAUCUGGGUGACUUCAUCUUUGACACCUUCCAGCCGUUCCAUUUCUACAGGAACCAAGAAGUGGAUUACAAAAUUCCCGAGGGCCAAGUCAAGGACAGCUUUGUGGAAGCGAUCGAGGCUCUUCCCCUGGCCAACACUCCUGAGGUGUUCGGGCUCCAUUCCAACGCCGAGAUUGGCUAUUACACCCAGGCUGCAAGGGCCAUGUGGUCUCACCUCUUGGAGUUGCAGCCGCAAACAGGGGAAAUGAGCACCGGCAUCAGCCGGGAUGACUACAUUGGCCAGAUCGCCAAGGACAUCGAACACAAGCUGCCCCCGAUUUUUGAACUGGACCAGAUCCGGAAGACCUUCGGGCUGGCGGUCACCCCCACCAUCGUUGUGCUGCUGCAGGAGCUUGAGCGCUUCAACCGGCUGACCGUCCGGAUGGCCAAGUCUCUGGCCGAACUCCAGAGGGCCUUGGCUGGGGAAGUCGGAAUGAGCAGUGAACUGGACGACGUGGCCCGGGCCCUUUUUAUUGGGCACAUCCCCAACAUCUGGCGCAAGUUGGCUCCGGACACCUUGAAGUCCCUCGGAAACUGGAUGAUUUACUUCAUGCAGCGAUACGACCAGUACACGCUGUGGGUGACGGACAGGGAGCCCAGUGUGAUGUGGCUGUCAGGGCUGCACAUCCCAGAGUCUUACCUGACGGCUCUAGUGCAGGCCACCUGCAGGAAGAAUAGGUGGUCCCUCGAUCGCUCCACCCUGUUCACCCAAGUCACUCAGUUCCAAGACGCCGAUGACGUGAACGAGCGGCCUGGGCAAGGCUGCUUUGUCUCCGGCCUGUAUUUGGAAGGUGCCGACUGGGACAUUGAGAAAAGCUGCCUUAUCAAGAGCAAACCCAAAGUCCUUGUAGUUAACCUGCCCAUCCUAAAGAUAAUCCCCAUCGAAGCCCAUCGGCUCAAGCUGCAGAACACCUUCCGGACCCCCGUCUACACCACCUCCAUGAGAAGAAAUGCGAUGGGAGUCGGGUUAGUGUUUGAAGCUGAUCUCUCUACCACCAAACACAUUUCCCACUGGGUGCUGCAAGGGGUGUGCCUGACGCUGAACUCCGACUAGCUCACGGCAUCGGCCGGGGGGAGGCUGGACCCCCAAGCCUGAGCUCGUCCACCAGUGGAUUGGGGGUGGAAAGACGUGCUCAGACCUCUCCCACCAUCAUAAAGCCUGGGCUCCGUGCUACCUGGAUGCCAAUCUCUGCUCCCCUUGGAGGAAGGAGUGGCACAGACCAGGCGGCUUCUUGCCACUAAUUUUCUCCUUUCUUUCACGCAAUGGCCACCAAAGCGUGGUGAACAGCGUGACUCUAAUCUCUUCCUAAACUCUUUUCCUCUUUUAGCAUUCUGUAUUUGGGGAAAAUAAACUUGUCUGAUUAUUUGAA